AUGCCACGACCUGCAAGUUCUUUCGAGGUUCCCAGCGGCAUUUCGUCAAGUCCAGGCAUCGAAGGAAACGCAGCAAAUGAACGCACACCACUCCUCAAUCACGAUGGAAAGGGGAACUGCGGUCAAUCUGAUCGCGUGAUAGCCGGAUAUCAAGUACUCUCAGAUCCACAAGUAGACGAGGCAACAGUCACACCCCAAGAAUUGCCUUUUAGUAGGCUUGCCAUUAUCUUUUCGACAGCUUGGGUAGGCGUAUUUCUUGGAGCUAUAGAUUCCAGUGUCAUUGCGACCCUCACAGUGCCAAUCUCCAGCGAGUUCCGGUCUCUCAGCUUGCUACCAUGGCUGGCAACAGCAUAUCUCAUAUCCAAUGCUGUCUGUCAACCGCUUUCUGGUCGCUUGACGGAUAUCUUUGGUCGCGGACCAGGCUUGGUGUUCAGCCAUAUCGCCUUCUCUGUCGGAAAUCUUAUCUGUGGGCUCGCUACCAACGCGCCUCAGAUGAUUCUGGGUAGAGUCAUUGCGGGGAUUGGCGGCGGUGGACUCAUGAGCAUCGCUACAUUCUUAGGAUCUGAUCUGGUUCCUUUGAGAAAGAGAGGCGUAGUUCAAGGCAUGUUGAACCUAUGCUUUGGGUCGGGAGCGAUGUUGGGUGGCGUCAUUGGCGGUCUUCUCAACGAUUAUAGCAACCGCGGCUGGAGACUUGCUUUCCUCAUUCAAGUUCCUCCCUCUCUCCUGGCGGCCGUCGGUGUUCAUUUCUUUAUAAGAACUGCACCGAAACAGUCUCAAAAAUCCUAUCUUGCGCGUAUAGACUUCUUUGGAGUCUUUCUGUUGACGUCUUUCCUUGUCCUAUUCCUUGUGGGUUUGAACACAGGUGGAAAUAUUGUUCCUUGGACUCACCCAGUACCUCUCACCACCAUUCCCAUGUCCGUUGUUGCCUUCUUCUCAUUCAUUUGGUGGGAAUUAAGGGCUGUGCAACCUGUUAUUCCGGUCAACCUUCUGUUAAAACGAACCGUACUGGCCGCUUGCUUGUCCAACUUUUUCUGUACUAUGGUCAUUUUUGGUCUACUUUUUUAUAUUCCCCUAUAUCUGCAGGUUCGCGGACGUACUGCAACAGAAGUUGGCCUGCUCAUCCUCUUUUCUCCAAUGGGAAGUUCGGUCAGCUCGGUCGGGGCUGGUGUCAUAAUGAACAAGACAGGGAAAUAUAUUGGUCUGGGUAUUGCCAGUGUGAUUGUCAUGAUUUUGGGCGUCAUCAUCUUCGGGUUCCACAACGAGAACACCCAUGACUGGAUGACAGCGAUUGUCUUCUUCCUCGUCGGAACUGGUUAUGCGUCCAUGUUGACAACUACACUACUGGCUUGCAUUGCUGCUGUUGAGCACACUCACCAAGCUGUCGUCACCGCUGCCACCUAUUUGGGACGAAGCCUUGGAAGUACUCUCGGUAUCACUAUCAGCUCAGCAGUCUACCAAAACAUUCUAAAUGACAAGUUGUGGGACAGGUUUGGGGACUAUCCCGACGCAGCAAAACACAUUGCUCGCAUUCGUAAUGAUGUUUCAGAGCUCAAACACCUCCCAGAAGGGUGGUACGAAGGAACAAUUGAGUCCUUCAUGAGUGCAUUCCAUGCCGUCUUCCUUACACUACUGGGGAUGUGUAUUCUAGGGUUGGUGUGCGUAUCGCUUAUGAGGCAUCACACCCUCCAUUCAACCCUGGAACGAGAUGGGCGAUGA